CAUAAGUUUUGACAUUACUAAUUAGCAACUGUGUUGGACUGUGACGCACUUUUACGUUAUGCAAGUGACUUAUUACAUUUAUUUAAAUCAAAGUACGAUCUCUCAUAAUUUUUAUAUUCAAACGUGUCGAAGUUUUUGAUUUUCGUUUUGGGUUUGGUUACAAACUAGGAACCGCCGAACCGGACAUCGUCCACACGUGGUGAUUGGCUUCAGCUUAUCUGCUUGGAAUUUUCGAUCUUGAAGAGGAACUUGAAGCAGUUUAAUACGUAAUACUACUGUCUUGUGUGAAAUGUCAAGCAAGUCAAUGAUCUCGUUACAAGAAGUACGUCCAGGAUUGAUCCGUAUACAUUGGGAUUUCAUUGGCCUUAUGAGUGAAGUUGGUGUGUACAAAGAGACAGUUUGUCUGUAUCGAUAUCAACUGGGACUGACCUACACAAUCACUUACCGUCUGGAAAGCACAGGUGGCAGUUUAAAUUAUCUAUACACUGUCACUGUUGAAGAAAGUCUGUGUAGCUGCGCUUGCUGUAAACUAUGCUGUAAUGAAGCAUCAGACUCCACCAUUGAAAAGUUCAAGACACUGCAACCAAAUCGAUCAUCAUCACAUGUAAAGGCACCAGAAGCUGAAGUCCUUCGCCCCCUCUACAUGUGGCUAAAAAGUGCUUACGCUGAAUGCAGAGACAUGCCACUACAACAAAUGAGUUCAAUCAAGUGGAAAGUAUCGAGUGAAAUCAGCAAGACACGUGAUCUUCUCACACUGUACAUCGAUUUCGGGACGAAUACUUUGAGUCAACGGAACAUCAGUAAUGGGCUGGCCGAAAUGUUUACCAAUCAAAUUCUAUGUGACGUUCAAUUUCAUUUUAACGACGGGCAGACGAUCGGUGCUCACGCUGUAAUUCUGUCAGCCGGGAGUCCAGUUUUCUCGGCGAUGUUUCAUUUGAAAAUGUUGGAGUCGCAAACUCGGCAAGUGAAAAUCACCGACUGUGAAGCUGAAGUAUUUCAACAACUUUUGAUUCAUCUGUACACGGGCAACGCUCCAAGACUGGCGGAGGAAAAUCUGACACAGUUAAUUUAUGCGGCCGCAGAUAAGUAUGGAGUGUCAACACUGAAAGGCGAUUGCGUCAACGUGUUAUUAAAACGAGUAAGAGUCGAUAAUGCCAUUAAGUUGUUGACCUGGUCUCACUUCAACACCAUCCCGAAACUCUUCGUAACCUCCAUGAAAUUUUUGGUGGAAAACUGCCGCGAAAUUUGCCUUCAGUCCGAAUGGAUAGAUUUUACCAAGAACUACCCUGACUUGUGUGUGUUGGCCACUCAGCGUAUGGUCGCCCUGGUCCCCUCAUCGACCGUCCCAUCGCCUGACAAUUAAUUCUCUCCUGUUCUUUGCCUAUAAUGCUUCUUUCUUUUGUAAAUUUUGUUCUUGAAAUUUUUGUAGUUACUUUUUUUAUUUUUUAGAUCUUUUUGUGUUUAUCUGUUAAAUGGACAUCCAGAAGAAACAAAUUGUUUCCAAAAGACAACAUUGCUAUUAUUGAUGGUCAUGGUAUUUUAAUUUACAUAAAUCUCCUCAUCUCCUUUUCAUGAAUCAAUUUGUAAUUUUGUGCAGGCUAUGUUUGAGACUCAGAAAUUCUGAAAAGUAAACCUUAAAUUGAAAAUCUCA